AUGGCAAGAAAGAAAUUUAGUGGAUUAGAAAUCUCUCUGAUUGUCCUUUUUGUUAUCGUUACUGUAAUAGCAAUUGCCCUUGUUGUUGUUUUAGCAACUAAGACACCUGCUGUUCAAGAAAUUAGCGAUUCUACAACUCCAGCUACCACUCGUACAACUGCAUAUCCCUCUGGUUCAGGAAAAUGCCCAAAUGAGCCAAAUGACCAGAUUAAUGAGAGAAUAAACUGCAUUCCAGGACAGUUUCCAACCCAGGCAACGUGUGCACAACGAGGCUGCUGCUGGCGUCCAUGGAAUGACUCUGUGAUUCCUUGGUGUUUCUUCGUUGACAAUCAUGGCUACAGUGUUGAGACAAUGACAACAACAAGUACUGGACAUGAAGCCAAAUUAAAUAGGAUACCUUCACCUACGCUAUUUGGAAAUGACAUCAACAGUGUUCUCCUCACAACUCAAAAUCAGACACCCAAUCGUUUACGGUUCAAGAUUACUGAUCCCAAUAAUAGAAGAUAUGAAGUUCCCCAUCAGUUUGUAAAAGAAUUUCCUGGACCUGCAGCUUCUGAGACAUUGUAUGAUGUGCACAUUACAGAGAGCCCAUUUAGCAUCAAAGUUGUUAGGAAAAGCAAUAACAAAAUUUUGUUUGACACCAGCAUUGGUCCACUAGUGUACUCUGACCAGUAUUUACAGAUCUCUACCAGACUUCCCAGUGAAUAUAUUUAUGGUUUUGGGGAACACAUUCAUAAGAGAUUUCGUCAUGAUUUAUAUUGGAAAACAUGGCCAAUUUUUACUCGAGACCAACUUCCUGGUGACAAUAAUAAUAACUUAUAUGGCCAUCAAACAUUCUUUAUGUGCAUUGAAGAUGUUUCUGGAAAGUCAUUUGGUGUUUUUUUAAUGAACAGCAAUGCAAUGGAGGUUUUCAUCCAACCUACUCCAAUCAUAACUUAUAGAGUUACUGGUGGCAUUCUGGAUUUUUACGUCUUUCUAGGAGAUACCCCAGAACAAGUAGUUCAACAGUAUCAACAGCUCACUGGACUACCAGCAAUGCCGGCAUAUUGGAGUCUUGGAUUUCAACUGAGUCGCUGGAAUUAUAAAUCACUAGACGUAGUGAAAGAAGUGGUAAGAAGAAACCGGGAAGCUGGCAUACCAUUUGACACGCAGGUAACUGAUAUUGACUAUAUGGAAGAAAAGAAAGCUUUUACUUAUGAUGAAGUUGCAUUUAAUGGGCUCCCUGAAUUUGUUCAAGAUUUGCAUAACCAUGGACAGAAAUAUGUCAUCAUCUUGGACCCUGCAAUUUCCAUAAAUAAACGUACCAAUGGAGCACCAUAUGAAGCCUAUGACAGGGGAAGUGCACAAAAUGUCUGGGUAAAUGAGUCAGAUGGAAGUACCCCACUUAUUGGAGAGGUAUGGCCAGGAUUAACAGUAUACCCUGAUUUCACCAAUCCAUCCUGCAUAGAUUGGUGGGCAAAUGAAUGCAGUCUUUUCCAUGAAAAAGUGAACUAUGAUGGACUUUGGAUUGACAUGAAUGAAGUUUCCAGCUUUAUUAAAGGUUCAUUAAAAGGAUGCAAUGACAACAAAUUGAAUUAUCCACCUUUUACUCCUGAUAUUCUUGACAAACUCAUGUAUUCCAAGACAAUUUGCAUGGAUGCUGUGCAGUACUGGGGGAAACAGUAUGAUGUUCAUAGCCUCUAUGGAUACAGCAUGUCUAUAGCCACAGAGAUAGCUAUACAAAAAGUGUUUCCUAAUAAGAGAAGCUUCAUUCUUACCCGGUCAACAUUUGCUGGAACUGGAAGCCAUGCUGCACAUUGGCUAGGAGACAACACUGCUUCAUGGGAACAAAUGGAAUGGUCUAUUACUGGAAUGCUGGAAUUCAGUUUGUUUGGAAUGCCUUUGAUUGGAGCAGAUAUCUGUGGAUUUGUGGCUGAAACCACAGAAGAGCUUUGCAGAAGAUGGAUGCAAUUGGGAGCAUUUUAUCCAUUUUCCAGAAACCACAAUGCUGAUGGCUAUGAGCAUCAGGAUCCUGCAUUUUUUGGACAGAAUUCACUGUUGGUUAAGUCAUCAAGACAUUAUUUAAAUAUUCGCUAUACCUUAUUACCUUUUCUCUAUACUCUGUUUUACAAAGCUCAUAUGUUUGGAGAAACAGUAGUAAGGCCAGUUCUUCAUGAGUUUUACCAGGAUACAAACAGCUGGAUUGAAGACCUUGAGUUUUUGUGGGGUCCUGCAUUACUUAUUACUCCUGUUUUAAGACCGGGAGCAGAUACAGUGAGUGCAUACGUCCCUGAUGCUACUUGGUAUGAUUAUGAAACUGGUGCAAAAAGAACCUGGAGAAAAGAACGUGUUAACAUGUAUCUUCCAGCAGACAAAAUAGGAUUACAUCUUAGAGGAGGUUAUAUCAUCCCUAUUCAACAACCAGAUGUCACAACAACAGCAAGUCGUAAGAAUCCCCUGGGACUUAUAAUUGCAUUAGAUGAAAAUAACACAGCAAAGGGAGACUUUUUCUGGGAUGAUGGAGAAACUAAAGAUACCAUUCAAAAGGGCAACUACAUACUAUAUUCAUUUUCAGUUUCUAAUAACAAUCUAAAUAUUACAUGCACACAUUCAUCAUACCAGGAAGGCACUACCCUAGCAUUUGAAACUAUAAAAGUCCUUGGGUUGACAGACACUGUUACAGAAGUUACAGUGAUGGAAAAUAGCCAAUCAGGGAGUCCUCACAACAAUUUCACUUAUGAUGCUUCCAACCAGAUUCUCCUAAUUAAGGAUCUCAAACUUAACCUUGGCAAAAACUUUAGUGUUCGAUGGAGUCAAGUUUUCUCAGAAAAUGAAAAAUUUACUUGUUAUCCAGAUGCAGACCUUGCAACUGAACAAAAGUGCAAACAACGUGGCUGUUUAUGGGAAGAGAUUUUUGAAUCCCAAGCACCUGAGUGUUACUUUCCUAAACAAGACAACCCCUACUUAGUCAAGUCAACUCACUAUUCAUCAAUGGGUGUAAUGGCUGAACUGCAACUUAAUACUGCAAAUGCUAGAAUAAGUCUACCUUCUGAACCCAUCUCAACUCUUCGUGUGGAGGUGAAAUAUCACAAAAAUAAUAUGCUACAGUUUAAGAUUUAUGAUCCUGAAAAUAAGAGAUAUGAAGUUCCAGUACCAUUAAACAUCCCAACCACUCCAACAAGUACUUAUGAAAACAGACUUUAUGAUGUUGAAAUCAAGGAAAAUCCUUUUGGCAUCCAGGUUCGACGGAGAAGCAGUGGAAGAGUUAUUUGGGAUUCUUGCCUGCCUGGAUUUGCUUUUAAUAAUCAGUUCAUUCAGAUAUCAACUCGCCUGCCAUCAGAAUAUGUAUAUGGCUUUGGGGAAGUGGAACACACAGCGUUUAAGCGAGACCUGAAUUGGCAUACGUGGGGAAUGUUCACCAGAGACCAACCCCCUGGUUACAAACUUAAUUCCUAUGGAUUUCAUCCCUAUUACAUGGCUCUGGAAGAUGAGGAAAAUGCUCAUGGAGUUCUCUUACUCAACAGUAAUGCAAUGGAUGUUACAUUCCAGCCAACUCCUGCUUUAACUUACCGCAUAAUUGGAGGCAUCUUGGAUUUUUAUAUGUUUUUGGGCCCAACCCCAGAAGCUACAACAAAGCAAUACCAUGAAGUAAUUGGCUAUCCAGUCAUGCCACCUUAUUGGGCUUUAGGAUUCCAGUUAUGUCGUUAUGGAUACAGAAAUACUUCACAGGUUCAGCAAGUCUAUAAUGAAAUGGUGGCUGCCAAGAUCCCUUAUGAUGUUCAAUACACAGACAUUGAUUACAUGGAAAGACAACUAGACUUUACAAUUGGUGAAGAAUUCCGAGACCUUCCUGCGUUUGUUGACAAAAUAAGAGGAGAAGGAAUGAGAUACAUUAUUAUCCUGGAUCCUGCCAUUUCGGGGAAUGAAACGGAUGCUUACCCUGCAUUUGACAGAGGGCAGGAGAAAGAUGUCUUUGUCAAAUGGCCUAACACCAAUGAUAUUUGUUGGGCAAAGGUUUGGCCAGAUUUGCCCAAUGUAACAAUAGAUGAAAGUCUAACUGAAGAUGAAGCUGUGAAUGCUUCCAGAGCUCACGUAGCUUUUCCAGAUUUCUUCAGGAAUUCCACAGCAGAGUGGUGGGCACAGGAAAUUAUAGACUUCUAUAAUGAACAGAUGAAGUUUGAUGGCUUGUGGAUUGAUAUGAAUGAGCCAUCAAGUUUUGUAAAUGGGACAACUAGUAAUCAAUGCAGAAAUAGAGAACUGAAUUAUCCACCUUAUUUUCCAGAACUCACAAAAAGAAUGGAUGGAUUACAUUUCAGAACAAUGUGCAUGGAAACUGAGCAGAUUCUUAGUGAUGGAUCAUCAGUUUUGCAUUAUGAUGUUCAUAAUCUGUAUGGGUGGUCACAGAUAAAGCCUACUUAUGAUGCACUGCAGAAGACAACUGGCAAAAGAGGGAUUGUUAUUUCUCGCUCCACUUAUCCUACUGCCGGACGCUGGGCAGGACACUGGCUUGGGGACAACUACGCACGAUGGGACAAUAUGGACAAAUCCAUCAUUGGUAUGCUGGAAUUUAGUCUUUUUGGAAUAUCAUAUACUGGAGCAGACAUUUGUGGCUUCUUCAAUGAUUCGACCUAUGAACUCUGUGCCCGCUGGAUGCAACUUGGAGCGUUUUAUCCGUAUUCAAGAAAUCACAACAUUGCAUUUACUCGAAGACAAGAUCCUGCUUCCUGGAAUGAAACUUUUGCUGAAAUGUCGAGGAACGUUCUAAAUAUUAGAUACAACUUAUUGCCUUAUUUCUAUACACAAAUGCAUGAAAUUCAUGCUCAUGGUGGCACUGUUAUCCGACCCCUUUUACAUGAGUUCUUUAAUGAAAAGACAACAUGGGAUAUAUUCAAGCAGUUCUUGUGGGGUCCAGCAUUUAUGGUCACCCCUGUAUUGGAACCUUAUACUGAAUUUGUUGAUGCCUAUGUCCCCAAUGCUCGGUGGUUUGACUACCAUACAGGCCAAGAUAUUGGUGUCAGAGGACAACGUCAUAGAUUUGAUGCUCCUUUCAAUACAAUAAACCUUCAUGUCCGUGGUGGUUACAUCCUACCGUGUCAAGAUCCUGCUCAAAACACAUUUUGGAGUCGAGUAAAUUACAUGAAGCUCAUUGUUGCUGCAGAUGACAACCAGAUGGCACAGGGAUCUCUGUUUUGGGAUGAUGGAGAGAGUAUUGACACCUAUGAAAAUAACCAAUAUUUUAUGGUCCAAUUUGACUUAAACAAGACCACAUUGACAAGCACUAUAUUGAAAAAUGGCUAUAUAAAUAAAAGUGAAAUGAGGCUUGGAUUCAUCCACAUAUGGGGGAAAGGGAACACUACAGUCAAUGAGGUCACUUUAAUAUAUAAUGGAAGAAAUGAAUCACUUCAAUUUGGCCAAGAAGCAGACAAGGAGAUAUUGAAUAUUGAUCUGGCCUUAAAAAAUGUUACGCUAGAUCAACCAAUAGAAAUCUACUGGUUGUGA